AUGGCGCGAGGGGGCGCGCGGGCCUGGUUCCGGAGACCGCAGCAGCCUCCGUCCGCAGCACCCGCGCCCCCGCCUCCCGCAGCCGCAGCCGCCGCCCGGGGCAUCGGCCCCCAGACCCCCGCCCCUGAUCGACGCGGGACCCAGCGCCGGAGCACCAUGGCCGGCCAGGGGGACUGCUGCGUCAAGGUGGCCGUCAGGAUCCGGCCCCAGCUGUCAAAAGAGAAGAUCGAGGGCUGCCACAUCUGUAUCGUCACCCCGGGGGAGCCCCAGGUUCUCCUGGGGAAGGACAAGGCCUUCACCUAUGACUUUGUCUUCGACCUGGACACCUGGCAGGAGCGGGUCUACUCCACCUGCGUGAGCAAGCUCGUGGAGGGCUGCUUCGAGGGCUACAAUGCCACGGUGCUGGCCUAUGGGCAGACGGGGGCUGGGAAGACGUAUACCAUGGGCACUGGCUUCGACAUGGCCACGUCGGAGGAGGAGCAGGGCAUCAUUCCCAGGGCCAUCGCGCACCUCUUUGGGGGCAUCGCCGAGCGCAAGCGGCGGGCACAGGAGCAGGGCGUGGCCGGGCCUGAGUUCAAAGUCAGCGCCCAGUUCUUGGAGCUCUACAACGAGGAGAUCCUCGACCUCUUCGAUAGCGCCCGCGACCCUGACGCCCGCCACCGCAGGUCCAACAUCAAGAUCCACGAGGACGCCAACGGCGGCAUCUACACCACCGGCGUCACCGCCCGUCUCAUCAGCUCCCAAGAGGAGCUGAUCCAGUGCCUGAAGCAGGGCGCCCUGUCACGCACCACGGCCAGCACCCAGAUGAACGUGCAGAGCUCCCUCCACGCCAUCUUCACCAUCCACGUGUGCCAGAUGCGCCUGUGCGCCCGUCCUGACCUGGUGAAUGAGUCCGGGCUUCCGGAGGGGACCGCUUCCGCGGGUGAAUAUGAGACGCUCACCGCUAAGUUUCACUUCGUGGACCUGGCUGGCUCCGAGCGGCUGAAGCGGACGGGGGCCACCGGCGAGCGGGCCAAGGAGGGCAUCUCCAUCAAUUGUGGCCUGCUGGCCUUGGGCAAUGUCAUCAGUGCCUUGGGGGACCAGAGCAAGAAGGUGGUCCAUGUGCCCUACAGAGACUCCAAGCUCACCCGGCUCCUCCAAGACUCGCUGGGCGGCAACAGCCAGACCAUCAUGAUCGCCUGCGUGAGCCCCUCGGACCGGGACUUCAUGGAGACGCUCAACACGCUCAAGUAUGCCAAUCGUGCCCGCAACAUCAAGAACAAGGUGGUGGUGAACCAAGACAAGACCAGCCAGCAGAUCAGUGCGCUGCGGGCGGAGAUCGCGCGCCUGCAGAUGGAGCUGAUGGAGUACAAGGCGGGCAAGAGAGUGAUCGGGGAGGAUGGCACCGAGGGCUACAGUGACCUGUUCCAGGAGAACGCCAUGCUACAGAAGGAGAACGGGGCGCUGCGCCUGCGGGUGAAGGCCAUGCAGGAAGCCAUCGAUGCCAUCAACAGCCGCGUCACCCAUCUCAUGAGCCAGGAGGCCAACCUGCUUCUGGCCAAGGCCGGUGAUGGCAACGAGGCCAUUGGGGCUCUGAUCCAGAACUACAUCAGGGAGAUAGAGGAGCUGCGGACCAAGCUCCUGGAGAGCGAGGCCAUGAAUGAGUCCCUGCGUCGGAGUCUCUCGCGGGCCUCGGCCCGGGGCCCCUACUCCCUGGGCGCAUCCCCAGCCGCCCCGGCCAGCUCCAUGGAGGAUGCCUCUGAGGUCAUCCGCCGGGCCAAGCAGGACCUGGAGCGACUCAAGAAGAAGGAGGUCAGGCAGCGGAGAAAGAGCCCAGAGAAGGAAGCCUUCAAAAAGAGGGCAAAGCUCCAACAGGAGAACAGCGAGGAGACUGAUGAGAAUGAGGCCGAGGAGGAGGACGAGGAGCGGGAGGAGAGCGGCUGUGAGGAGGAGGAGGGGCGCGAGGACGAGGACGAGGACUCGGGCAGCGAGGAGAGCCUGGUGGACUCGGACUCCGACCCCGAGGAGAAGGAGGUGAACUAUCAGGCGGACCUGGCCGACCUGACCUGUGAGAUCGAAAUCAAGCAGAAGCUGAUUGACGAGCUCGAAAACAGCCAGCGGCGGCUGCAGACGCUCAAGCACCAGUACGAGGAGAAGCUGAUCCUGUUGCAGAACAAGAUCCGGGACACACAGUUGGAGCGAGACCGUGUGCUGCAGAACCUCAGUACCAUGGAGUGCUACACGGAGGAGAAGGCCAACAAGAUCAAGGCGGACUAUGAGAAGAGGCUGCGGGAGAUGAACCGGGACCUGCAGAAGCUACAGGCCGCGCAGAAAGAGCACGCGCGGCUGCUCAAGAACCAGUCUCGCUAUGAGAGGGAGCUGAAGAAGCUGCAGGCCGAGGUGGCCGAGAUGAAGAAGGCCAAGGUAGCCCUGAUGAAGCAGAUGCGGGAGGAGCAGCAGCGGCGGCGGCUGGUGGAGACCAAGAGGAACCGGGAGAUCGCGCAGCUCAAGAAGGAGCAGCGGCGACAGGAGUUUCAGAUCCGGGCUCUGGAGUCGCAGAAGCGGCAGCAGGAGAUAGUCCUGAGGAGGAAAACCCAGGAGGUGUCUGCACUGAGGCGCCUGGCCAAGCCCAUGUCUGAGCGGGUGGCAGGCCGAGCAGCACUGAAGCCACCCAUGCUGGACUCGGGGGCUGAGGUGUCGGCCAGCACCACCUCAUCUGAGGCCGAGUCAGGGGCCCGCUCCGUCUCCAGCAUUGUGCGCCAGUGGGACCGCAAGAUCAGCCACUUCUUGGGGAACCAUCCCUCGCCCACUGGGCCGGGCACUCGCCCUGCCAGAAAGAAGUUCCAGAAGAAGGGGGCCAGCCAGAGCUUCAGCAAGGCCGCCAGGCUCAAGUGGCAGUCCCUGGAACGAAGGAUCAUUGACAUUGUCAUGCAGAGAAUGACCAUUGUCAAUCUGGAGGCCGACAUGGAGCGGCUCAUCAAGAAAAGGGAGGAGCUGUUCCUCCUGCAGGAGGCGCUGCGGAGGAAGCGGGAGCGGCUGCAGGCUGAGAGCCCGGAGGAGGAGAAGGGGCUGCAGGAGCUGGCGGAGGAGAUCGAGGUGCUGGCAGCCAACAUUGACUACAUCAACGACAGCAUCGGCGACUGCCAGGCCACCAUCGUGCAGCUAGAGGAGACCAAGGAGGAGUUGGACUCCACAGACACCUCGGUGGUUAUCAGCUCCUGCUCCCUGGCCGAGGCGCGCCUCCUGCUGGACAACUUCCUCAAGGCUUCCAUUGACAAGGGGCUGCAGGUGGCGCAGAAGGAGGCCCAGAUCCGGCUGCUGGAGGGCCGGCUGAGGCAGACAGACAUAGCCAGCUCCUCCCAGAACCACCUGCUCCUGGACGCCCUGCGGGAGAAAGCCGAGGCGCACCCCGAGCUGCAGGCUCUCAUCCACAACGUACAGCAGGAGAACGGCUAUGCCAGCACAGAUGAGGAGGUGUCUGAGUUCUCUGAGGGCAGCUUCUCCCAGUCCUUCACCAUGAAAGGUUCCACCAGCCACGAUGACUUCAAGUUCAAGGGUGAGCCCAAGCUGUCCGCCCAAAUGAAGGCGGUGUCGGCCGAGUGCCUGGGGCCCCCGCUGGACGCCUCCACCAAAAACAUCACCAAGUCGCUGGCCUCCCUCGUGGAGAUCAAAGAGGACGGGGUGGGCUUCUCCGUCCGGGACCCCUACUACCGGGACAAGGUCUCGCGGACCAUCAGCCUGCCCACCAGAGGGAGCACCUUCCCCCGGCAGUCUCGAGGCUCAGAGACGUCCCCCCUGACCCGGAGGAAGUCAUACGACCGAGGACAGCCUAUCAGGUCCUCGGACGUGGGGUUCACGCCCCCCUCGUCCCCUCCCACUCGUCCCCGCAAUGACCGGAAUGUCUUCUCUCGUCUGACCAGUAAUCAGAGCCAAGGGUCAGCGCUGGACAAGUCUGAUGACAGCGACUCCUCUUUGUCCGAGGUCCUGAGGGGUGUCAUCACACCGGUCGGAGGAGCCAAGGGCGCGAGGACGGCCCCGCUGCAGUGCGUGUCCAUGGCCGAGGGCCAUACCAAGCCCAUCCUCUGCCUGGAUGCCACGGACGAGCUGCUCUUCACUGGGUCCAAAGACCGCAGCUGUAAGAUGUGGAACUUGGUGACGGGCCAGGAGAUUGCGGCUUUGAAGGGUCACCCCAACAACGUGGUCUCCAUUAAGUACUGCAGCCACUCCGGGCUCGUGUUCUCCGUGUCCACCUCCUACAUCAAGGUGUGGGACAUCCGGGACGCGGCCAAGUGCAUCCGGACCCUCACGUCCUCAGGGCAGGUGGUCUCAGGGGACGCCUGUGCCGCCGCGUCCACCCGCACCAUCACCAGCGCCCAGGGGGAGCACCAGAUCAACCAGAUCGCCCUCAGCCCCUCUGGCACCAUGCUCUACGCUGCCUCGGGCAACGCUGUCCGCAUCUGGGAGCUCAGCAGGUUCCAGCCCAUCGGCAAGCUGACUGGCCACAUCGGCCCUGUGAUGUGCCUGACGGUCACCCAGACCGCCAGCCAGCAUGACCUGGUGGUAACCGGCUCCAAGGACCACUACGUUAAGAUGUUCGAGCUGGGCGAGUGCGUGACAGGCACCAUCAGCCCCACCCACAACUUCGAGCCCCCCCACUACGACGGCAUCGAGUGUCUGGCCAUCCAGGGGGAUAUCCUAUUCAGUGGCUCCCGAGACAAUGGCAUUAAGAAGUGGGACCUGGAGCAGCAGGAGCUCAUGCAGCAAAUCCCCACGGCGCACAAGGACUGGGUGUGCGCCCUGGCCUUCGUCCCCGGCCGCCCCAUGCUGCUGAGCGCCUGCCGGGCUGGCGUCAUCAAAGUCUGGAACGUGGACAACUUCACACCCAUCGGCGAGAUCAAGGGCCACGACAGCCCCAUCAACGCCAUCUGCACCAACGCCAGGCACAUCUUCACGGCCUCCAGUGACCUGACGGUGAAGUUCUGGAGUGCCCGGCGCUUACCCAGCGGCUCCACCUAGGACCGAGGUCAGAGGAUGGCCUGGCCCGGGCCCGGCAGCCUGGACAGCAUGGAGGGGAAGCUGGGGCCACUGGGGCGGCGCCCUGGGACAGAGGGUGUGGCCUGCCCCUCCUGUCCUCCUUCCACCACCAUCCCCAUAGGAUACUGUCCCCCACCUCCACCCCCACCCCGCCUCUUAGGGACAAAGAGGUGGGGAGGAAAUUAAGCUGUGAAGCCAAAGGGCGGUUCCCCUCAUUUCUCUCCCUGCAGUACCACCCACGCUGCCACCUCCCCAACGUGGCCUCGUUUUCUCUUGCCUAUCUGGCCGUGCCCUUUGGCCCAGGGGGCCUGAGGCGGAGGGAGGCAGCCUGCAUGCAGCAUGCUCCUUCUGUAGGCAGGUAUCCCCUCCAUCCUUGGCCCAGCCACUGCACCUGCCUCUGAGCCCAAAAAGCUAGCCCUCAGGUAACCAUGGAAACCAGGUGUAGGCCACUGGUCCUGCAGUUGACACGUAGCCCCUCAGCCACCAGUAGCCGCUCCCCUUUGACCCCAGCCAUCCCUGGGUCCCUUUCUGAUGGGGCCACGGUGGAGCUGCCAGAAAGAUUCCUUUGGGGAGAUGGCCAGGAUACUUCAGUUAUUUAAUUUAUUUCCUUAUUUUUAUUUUUGCUGUCGCCUCCUGGAAACUGACUUGAAGUUUCUUCCCACAUGUUUAUUCCCUCAGCUCUGGGGGGGGGAAACGCAGGAAUCCCGAGGGGGACCCACCCCUGCCUUCCCAGGCUGCCCCUCCGUUUGCAGAGGAGGCAGCGCCCCUUUGACUGCAGCCUGGGCCCAUCCGUCCCCACCUCGCCCUGGGGCCACCCCCCUGCAGCCGCCUGGCGCGUCAGUGCCUUCCUCCGUCGGGGCCUGGCGCCCAUCCGGCAGCCUUACACCAGCCACGCCCGCGGCGCCACUCGUGUCUUCUCACCUCGGGGCCCCCACCCGCUGCCCCCACUCCUGGAGCCCUGUGUGGCCACGUAGGAAGCAGCUCGAAGGACUGUCCCCCAGGAAGGGGCUGGGAUGGUGCACCCGGCCCGGCCGUCCCCGUCCCCUGCGUCUCACCCCAACCUGGCAGAGUCCCCGUCUUUUUCUGGUUCUUCAGGGGACACACGUUCACGCCUUAACCGGCACGGCGAGGGGCUCUCCCUCCAGGGCCGGCCGUGAGGAUGGACUUACUGAGUUUCUUUUUUUCUCGGGGCUGAGGACCCCCUGCUCCUGGGAUGUUACUAAAUCUGCAUCCUGGUAGCAGCACGCUGUGCCCAGCCCUCCUCUGCCCAGACUUUUUCUGACACUUACGGUCUCGUGCUUUCUGGCCUCGGUGUGGGGGCCGGGCCCCAGCUCUGUUCAGAGGACGCAGUGACUUUUGGAUCUCCCGGAGGUGGCUCUGUGGGGCCCCAGUGCAUGGGGCUGCCUGGCGCACAGGGUGGAGAAGGGAAGAACACAGCCUGUCACCUCCCCUGCUCCAUCGUCCCCCGCUGGGAGCUGCCCCUCUUGCUGUGAGGGGCCUCUGUGGGAUACGGGGGCGACAUCGAGAAGCAGCAGGGACACGCUCAGUGCCCGAAGCCCGGGACAGUGUCUCCAGGACUGGAAAUCCCUCCUGCUCAGCCCCCCCACCCUAGGGGUGCCGGGAGCCCCAGGGCAGUGUCUUCCUGCCCCGGCCCCCUCCCCAGCUCUACCGGAAGCUUCAACCUUACAACCUGGAAGAAAGAAUCUGCAUGACUGUUUACAAACUGUAGAAACAAAAGACUGGAUGCCCGGCCCAGACACCCCAGCCUGGGGCCACUGGACCAUGGCUGCGAGGCCUGCCCGUGCCCAGAGGAGCCUUCGGCCGCGAGAGAUGCUCGGCGUCCUUGCCUGUUUCUGCUGUUGUGACGGGUCCGCUACCUCACGGCGAGGCCGGCUCUGCCGUCCUGGCUGGAAGCAUGGAACUCGAGGUCUGGGGACCAGUCCCCAGCUGUGCUCCCUCUCAAGUCCUCCUGCUCCUUCAGGGAUGUCGGGAGCUCCCAGCGCCCCUCGUUGCACAAGCACCCUAAAUGUUGGAAGCACAAAACGUGACUGGAGCACAACGCAGGGCUCGCAGCAGGUGGCAGGUGGCCUGGUAACUGGGCACAGGAGGCUCCCUCCUCCCCCGAGGCUCUGCUGAAGGGGGUGGGUGGGGGCCACCGGGGAUGCCUGGGGCUGCCCUCACCCAGGCAGGGCUUGGGCCACGACCUGUCCUAAUUCUGGGACCCAACCUACUACGUCUGCCCUUGUGUGCCCUGCCCCUCAUUGUCCCCCCCCCCACCCCACUCCCCGCAAGGCUUGAGGCUGGCCCUGCAGGCAGGCCACACAGAAGGGCUGGGGACCCUGGAGCCACCCCACCCCCACGCCCCAGAUCCUUAAAUACCUGAGCCCAGGCUCAUCCCAGCCCCACUGAGCCUGACAAGCCUGGACCUACAUCCCGUCCCCGGGCUGAGCCCCAGGAAAGCUGGUGAAGCUGGUUGGGGAUCUCCCCAGAUCGAACCCUCUUCCAUCCCCACUGCCCGUGGCCUUCCCAGCGCAGUCCAGCCAGGCCUCUGUUCUCAGUGUUACCCAGCCAGUGUUCGCUGCCUCCUCCAGGGCUGGCCGAAUCCCCGAGGCAGCAGCUGGAGGUUGCCAAGGAAGGCGAGGCUGGCACACCCAAGCCUUUGAGGGGGUCAGGGAGCCGCCCUCAGGCAGGGCCGUCUGUGGUCUGGGCUGGUCUCCCUGCCCACUGCCCCCGCCACUGUUCGGUCCCGGGAAAAUUUCCAGCCUGGUCGUCUGGCCCUGCUGCCCAGAAGGCUGAUUAAAGCACAAAGCACCGUGGGGAGGGAGGCUGUGUCAUCCAGACCUGCCGCCCAGGGUGGUGGAGAUGCAGGCCGGCAGCUGCUGUGAAGUGGCAGGUUCCUGGCCUCUCCCACCGCGAGGCCUCAGCUCCCGGGCAGCCUCCGAGGAGGCUGGGCUGGAUACCGGCUCAUCCCUGGUCCUUCAGCCCCCGCCUGGGCCCAGCGUGCUCAUCUCCAUGCUGUGUGGCCAGGGCCUGCCCUGCCAGACCCUGGGCUCCUUCCCACCCAGGGGCUCAGCCCGGAGCCUCUGUCCCUCGGCCUCCCUAGGCAGGAAGCAGCGCUCCUUGCAGCUCGGCCGGGCCUCCGGGUCCAGGCUCAGGAGCUGGGGCUUGGCCGGUGGCUCCCAGACCCUGCCCUGCCUCUGAUGUACAAGGAUAGAGUCCACAGAGAUGGUUCUGGUUUUUCUAAAACAUCUGUGUUCUCUCCCCCCUCCUCCCUCCCGGUGCGCAGAGGAGCCCCCAGCACACCCCAGGCCAGCCCUUGGCCCCAAGGGCCUCGCGGGAAGCAGGGACAGCCCUGGGAGGAGCCAAGGGUCAGAGAAGAGCCCUGAUGGAAGCCCUGCCCUGCCCACCAGCUCUUUUCUAGCUGUCCCCUGCCCACGCAGGGCGGGAGCACCGGUGUAUAUGUGUUUUGUACGUCUGCGAGGACUGUACAUAGUGUAUGGAUGUUAUUUAUGCUGUACAUUUCUGUUCCAAGACUGGAUGUGUGUUCUAAGAAGCCGUCGUAAAUAAAACACGAACGACCAGA